AAGAUCACAGUUCAUGUAGUGGAAGAAAUCUUCCCCGAUCGUCAGGAAGAAACACUUCCAUCAAAUAAAGGAUCAGAGAAACUAACAUGGCAACCAUCACAGAGUUCCAGAAGAUCGGUGUGGGUCUGAUGGGAUUCGCCCUGUUUUUCCUGCUCUUCGGAGUGCUGCUGUACUUCGACUCUGUCCUGCUGGCCUUUGGGAAUAUUCUGUUCCUGGCUGGUUUAACAUUCAUCAUCGGCCUCAGAAGGACUGCACGCUUCUUCUUCCAGAAACACAAGUUUCGUGGAUCGUUUUUCUUUCUGGGAGGAGUGUCUCUGGUUCUGUGUCGCUGGCCCGUCACAGGAAUGGUGGUGGAGAGUUAUGGGUUUUUUCUUCUGUUCAGGUCUUUUUUCCCCAUGGCUUUAGGAUUUGUUCUGUCUGCUGUGAACAUCCCGUUCCUCAGUGCAUUUGUGUCCAGCAGCCAGUCCAUGGUUUGAGGUGAUGGACAGAUGAUGAGGAACAGCAUCAUCUUCAGAGAAGGAUGUAGUUCGGACUGUUUAACAUGUUUACAGAGCUGCUCAUCCA